AUGGCAAAACUCACUGAUGAUGCCAAAUACGAUGCCGGCGAAACGUUUGAGAAUGUAUCAAGUCCAAUGUCAGAUCCUGGGAAUCAGGACAACUACUAUGGCAGACGAAUUCGGACUAGGUGCGUUCUACUAAGUUCCCUGAAAACAAGACCAAGUUGCGACAACGAGGUCAACCCACUUCUAUAA